AUGUACUUGAUGUUUCAGGAGUCCCUGACAUUCCAGGACGUGGCUGUGGACUUCACCGGAGAGGAAUGGGACCAGCUGUGCCCUGCUCAGAAGAACCUCUACCGAGAUGUGAUGCUAGAAAACUACAGGAAUCUGGUCGCUCUGGGUCAUCAACUUUAUAAGCCAGAGGUGAUCACUCAGUUGGAGCAAGAAGAGCAGUGGAUGAUGGAAAGAGACGGUCCACUGGACACUCAUCCAGAUGCAGAAAAUAAACCUGAAGUCAAAAAAUCAACUCCAAACCAGAGUAUUUCUGAUGAAAUUCAAACCCAUAACAUGAUAAUGGAAAGACUAACAGGAGAUAGUUUCUGGUACUCCAUUCUAGGAGGACUCUGGGAUUUUGAUUAUCAGUUAGAGUUUAAUCACGAAAAUCACCAGAGACAUUUAGGACAAGAAGCUUUUGCCCAAAAAAAGUUCCCACAGGAGAGAAGCCCUGGAUGUAACAAAUUUGGGGGAAACUAUAAAAUGAUCUCAAAUCUUAUGCAUCAGCAAAUUUCUUCAAUUAAGAUACCCCUUAAUUCAAAAACACAAGGAAAUAGCAUCAAACAUAAUUCAGAAUUGAUCUACUAUCAGGGAAACCAUGUAAGAGAAAAUACUUACGAAUAUAACGGAUGUGGGAAAAUCUUCAAUCAACAUAUUCUUCUUACUAAUCAUAUUCAUACUGAAGAGCCCAGUGGAUGUAGGAAGACCUCCAGCCACAACUCAACUUUUACUCAACCUCAGAUAGUCCUUACAGGAGAGAAGCCCUAUAAGUGUGAUGAAUGUGGGAAAAGAUUCAGCCAGAAGAUACAUCUUAUUCAACAUCAGCGGAUUCAUACAGGAGAAAAACCUUUUAUAUGCAAUGACUGUGGGAAAGCCUUUCGUCAGCAUUCAUCCUUUACUCAACAUCUGAGGAUUCAUACUGGAGAGAGGCCCUACAAAUGUAAUCAAUGUGGUAAAGCCUUUAGCCGUAUCACAUCCCUUACUGAACAUCAUAGACUUCAUACUGGAGAGAAGCCUUAUGAAUGUAAUUUUUGUGGGAAAGCCUUUAGCCAGAAGACACAUCUUAAUCAGCAUGAGAGGACUCAUACAGGAGAGAAGCCCUAUAAAUGUAAUGAAUGUGAGAAAGCCUUUAGCCAGAGUGCACACCUUAAUCAACAUAGGAAAAUCCAUACUCGGGAGAAAUUAUGUGAAUAUAAUAAAUGUGUGAAAGGUUUAAGCCACGGUCCUUCACUUACUCAGCAGUACAUAACUCCUGGGGAAGAAAUAAUAUGAAUAUAUAAAUGUAGAAAUUUUUUUGUCAUACUUUUCCAUCCCAUUCAAUAUAAAGUUAUUCAUAAUGGAGAGAAAGUUUAUAAACAAACAUUUAAUGCAUAGAAACCAAAUAAAUUUAGACU